AUGGAUGUAUUUCUCUCACAACCAACAGCCCACUGUCAUGCUCCUCAACCUGAUCGUGUGCCUGCUAUUCAAUUAAAAAAUGAAAUUAAAGCUCGUGCCGUAACAACAGAUGAAUCAACCAGCUCCAUUAUUCAUUCUGCUUUGCGUACGUAUCCGUUGAGUGCUGCUGGUGAACUUCCAAAAGAUGAAGCACUUAUGCUAAUGAUUCGACGACAGCGUACUGUUGAAACAGUCGAUGCCGAUGGUUGUUUACCAGAAAAAUUAAGAAAGACGUAUCGCGAUGAAGACUUCAUCUUGCACGAAGACAAAAAUUUAAUUAUCUUUACAACAAGAAAAAAUUUAUCGAUUCUGAAGCAAAAUAAACAUUGGUUCGCUGAUGGAACAUUCAAAGUGUGUCCUGAUGAUUAUUAUCAAUUAUUCACGUUACACGCGAUGAUGACUAAUGCAAUUAUCCCUUUUGUCUAUGCAUUAUUAAUUGGUAAAAGUGCUCAAGAUUACAAUUCAUUCUUCGAAAAAGUAUUAGUACAAGACAAUUUUCAACCUGAAUCAAUUAUGACUGAUUUCGAAACUGGUACAAUCAAAUCCGUUAGAGAAAUGUUGCCAAACGUUUUACAUAAAGCGAUAUGGCGGCAAGUUCAAGGAAAAGGAUUGGUGACAAAAUAUAGAGAAGAUGAGUACUUUCGUUUAAAUGUAAAAAAAUUGAUUGCUCUUGCCUUGGUUCCAGUAGAUGAAAUUACAACCGGCUUUGACUUAAUUGCCAAUCAAUUCGACGAUGACGCCGAUGAUUUACUUGAUUAUUUUGAAAAAAUAUGGAUUGGUGAACCAAAAAGAAGAGGAACUGGUCGAAAGAAGCCUCAAUUUGAUCACAAAUUAUGGAAUAUGCAUGAUCGUGUCGUCGCUGCUGUACCUCGUUCGAACAAUUCGGUGGAAGGCUGGCACAAUGCAUUUGCGAACCGCGUCGCAAUCAAUCAUCCAAAUAUCGUGAAAUUGGCAGAGAAAAUUCGUCGUGAACAAUCGAAAUUCGAAGUGGACAUGGCGAAGAUUCUCCAAGGUCAUGAUAUUAAGAUGAAGAAGGCCUGCUAUCGACGAUUGGACGAACGAAUUACUGGGCUGGUCAAUGCAUUUGACUCAUCUCAACUGGAUCAAUUCUUAACAAAUAUGGCAGCCAACAUUAAUCUUUAG